CUGAGUACCUCAGUGUUUUUUCUGUGCUCGACGCAGUUAGUAGGCUUGUGGCUUUGCUGCCACAGAGGUCCACAUUUCAUUGGAUUUUUUCUAAGUUUUUCUUUUUUCAACGUUUUACCACAUCCCAUCCCCCUUUCCAAUAGGCGUGGGUCAAGGAUAGUGAAGGCUGCUUUAGCAGCUGUGGUUGUCGGACCUCUCUAAAAAGAGCUCCCUCACUACCAUGUGCAGGACUAAAACCUGCAGUAAAGGCUGGACGGAACUUACAGAGAAGGCCCGUCAUAGCCCUCACCACAGGGUCCAGCAAGAUGGAGGGAGUGUCGCUGUUCUUGGUCUUGUGUCUCUGUUUCUCUUGGGCGAAUGCAGAUUCCAAAGGUGUCACAAUGUCCUUGACUACAAAGUGGCCUUUCACAUCCUUACUGCUGGAGGCCAGUGAAUUUAUUUCUGAUGAAGGACCUGAUCAGUUCUGGACUUUUGUAGAUGAAAGCCAGCGAGUGGAUGAUCAAGGUUCUGAUUCCGCUAACUAUAACUUAUUGCUGAGCCACGCUGGCCGGCAUCUCACACCUGUCCAGCAGAACCUGCUGAAGUUUGCCCUGUCUCUCCGCUCUUACUCGUCCACUGUACAGACGUUCCAACAGAUUGCAGCGGAUGAACCCCCUCCUGUAAACUGUGAAGCUUUCAUAGUGGUUCAUGGAGAGAAGACUUGUGACCUUGACAUGUUGCCAUCACUUCUCAGUACAGCUCUGGAGAGGUCGAAGCCUUUCUUGUUCAAAGGAGAUCACCAGUACCCGGGUACAUCACCGGACCGUCCAGUAGUCAUACUUUAUGCUGAAAUUGGUUCUGAAGAAUUCUCCAGAUUCCACCAAACUCUCUCCCAGAAGGCUCGGGCAGGGGAGAUUUCCUAUGUACUCAGACACUAUGUUCUGAAUCCUAAAACAGAAAAGGUUUUCCUUUCCGGUUACGGUGUGGAAUUGGCUAUUAAGAGCACGGAGUACAAAGCUAAAGAUGACACACAAGUGAAAGGGGACAAUGUGAACGCCACAGUGGUGGGACAUAAUGAUCCAGUGGAUGAGGUGCAAGGGUUCCUGUUUGGGAAGCUCAGGCAGCUCUAUCCGGAACUGAAGGAGCAGCUGAAAGAAUUGAGGAAACAUUUAGUGGAAAGUACCAAUGAAAUGUCACCUCUGAAAGUGUGGGAGUUACAAGAUCUCAGUUACCAGACAGCUGCUCGCAUCCUAGCGGCACCCUCCUCGGAAGCUCUGAUGGUUAUGAAGGAUUUGAGCCAGAACUUUCCUACCAAGGCCAGGGCACUGACCAGAACAGUAGUUGACUCUGCUAUGCGGCUGGAGGUAGAAGAAAACCAGAAGCAUUUUAAGGGUGUCUUAGGCCUGCACCCUGGCGACUCUGCUCUGUUUAUUAAUGGACUGCAGAUCGAUCUGGACAAUCAAGAUAUCUUCAGCUUGUUUGAUGUUUUGCGCAAUGAGGCUCGGGUGAUGGAGGGUCUCCACCGACUAGGUAUAGAAGGUGAAGCUCUGCAUAAUGUGCUCAAGCUCAACAUCCAGCCCUCUACCUCUGACUAUGCUGUGGACAUCCGGAAUUCUGCCAUAUCGUGGGUGAACAAUCUGGAACUCGACAGCAGAUAUAACUCCUGGCCCUCCAGCGUUCAGGAACUGCUCCGGCCCACCUUCCCAGGAGUCAUUCGGCAGAUCCGCAAGAACUUCCACAACUUUGUUCUCUUUGUUGACCCAGUGCAGGAGUCUACAUCUGAGCUGGUGACCCUGGCAGAGAUGUUCCUUAGUAACCACAUACCUAUGAGGAUUGGAUUGGUGUUUGUUGUGAAUGAUGCUGAAGAGGUUGAUGGCUUUGACGAUGCCGGUGUUGCUCUACUGAGGACUUUCAACUACGUGUCUGAUGAAGAGGAUAAUUAUCAUGCUUUCCAGACCAUUAUAUCGAUAUAUAACAAGGUCCGAACUGGGGAAAAGCUGACUGUGAAACAUGUCACCAACGUUCUGGAACAGAAGUAUCCCUACGUGGAGCUAAGCAGUAUUUUGGGCCCUGACUCUGCCUAUGACCAGUAUAGAAGGGAGGGCAGGGAGUAUUUCCUGCAGACCGGAUUGUCACCGCUGCCUGUGGUUCUCUUCAAUGGAAUACCAUUUCCAAAGGACCAGCUGGACCCUGAUGAGCUGGAGACAGCAUCAAUGCACAAAAUCCUUGAGUCCACCACCUUUUUCCAGAAAGCAGUGUAUCUGGGAGAACUGACUAAUGAGCAAGAUGUUGUGGAUUUCAUUAUGGCUCAGCCCAACGUCAUUCCUCGUAUUAACCUACGAAUCCUAGAGGCGGAGCGCCAGUACCUGGACCUGACUGCUACCAAUAACUUCUUUGUGGAUGAUUAUGCCAGAUUUAGUGUUCUGGAUACCAAUGCGAAGAGUGCUGCUAUAGCCAACAGUAUGAACUACCUCAGUAAGAAAGGAAUGUCCUCCAAGGAGAUUUAUGAUGACUCGUUUGUUAGACCCGUCACCUUCUGGAUUGUGGGGGAUUUUGACAAACCUUCAGGGCGCCAAGUUUUAUAUGAUGCAAUUAAACACCAGAAAUCUAGCAACAAUGUAAGAAUUGGCAUGAUCAACAAUCCCAGCAAGGAUCCGUCUGCUGAGAGCACCAUCAUUGGCAGGGCCAUCUGGGCUGCUCUCCAAACCCAGACCUCCAACAAUGCCAAGAACUUCAUAACCAAGAUCAUCAAAGAAGAAAAUGCCCAAGCCUUGGAGGCUGGACAGGCCAUCACGGAGUUUGCUGUUGGGGGAAUGGAUGUCGGACUUUUCAGCGAAGCUUUUGACUCUCCAAAAGUUGACUUCAUAUUGUCCCAUGCUGCAUACUGCCGGGAUGUUCUAAAGCUGAAGAAAGGGGAACGUGCAGUUAUUGGCAAUGGAAGGAUUGUUGGACCCCUGAGGGAUGGUGAAGUUUUCAACCAAAACGAUUUCCAUCUCCUGGAGAACCUUAUCCUGAAGACUUCUGCACAGAAGAUCAAAUCGCACAUCCAGAAACUGGGAGUGGAGGAAGAUCAUGCCAGCGAUCUGGUCAUGAGGGUGGAUUCUCUUUUAUCCUCUCAACCCAAAGGUGAAGGGAGGACUGAUUACCAGCUCACUGAAGAUCAGCACAGUGUCAUUAAAGUGAGACCCAAGGAGGGGAUGAUGUACUUUGAAGUUGUGGCUAUUGUGGAUCCGGUGACGAAGGCCGCGCAGCGGCUGGCUCCUUUACUCCUGGUGUUCAAUCAAAUCAUCAACAUGAACUUACGUGUGUUUAUGAACUGCCAGCCCAAGUUAUCAGAAAUGCCUCUGAAGAGCUUCUUCCGCUACGUCCUGGAGCCUGAGAUUGUAUUCACCACCGACCAUAAGUUAGCGCCUGGUCCUAUUGCCAAGUUUUUAGAUAUGCCUCAGUCCCCUCUCUUCACUCUGAACGUGAACACCCCUGACAGCUGGAUGGUGGAGUCAGUGCGGACACCAUAUGACCUGGACAAUAUCUACUUAGAGGAGGUGGACAGCAUUGUAGCUGCUGAGUUUGAGCUGGAGUAUCUGCUAUUAGAAGGACAUUGUUUCGAUGUUUCUACUGGACAGCCACCACGAGGACUUCAGUUCACUUUGGGGACAGUCACCAAUCCUGUGAUUGUGGAUACCAUCGUCAUGGCUAACCUUGGUUAUUUCCAGCUAAAAGCCAAGCCUGGUGCGUGGAUUCUCCGGCUAAGGAAAGGCCGAUCAGAGGAUAUAUAUAAUAUAUACAGUCAUGAUGGGACAGACUCUGCUCCUGAGGACAAAGAAGUGGUUAUCGUCCUUAAUGAUUUUAGGAGCAAAACUAUAAAAGUCAAAGUUCAGAAAAAGCCAGACAAAAUGACUGAAGACCUUCUCAGUGAUGGGACUAACGAAAAUGAAUCUGGAUUCUGGGAAUCCAUCAAAUGGGGGCUCUCAGGAGGUCAGAAACAGGAGGAUGUAAAACAGGAGAAGGAGGAUGUUCUAAAUAUCUUCUCACUUGCCUCUGGACACUUGUAUGAGCGCUUCCUCAGGAUAAUGAUGUUGUCCGUGCUGAAGAAUACGCAGACCCCGGUGAAGUUCUGGUUUUUGAAAAAUUAUCUAUCCCCUACCUUUAAGAACUUUAUUCCUUACAUGGCAGAGAAGUAUAACUUCCAGUAUGAACUGGUCCAAUACAAGUGGCCCCGCUGGCUGCAUCAGCAGACAGAGAAACAGAGGAUUAUCUGGGGAUACAAAAUCCUCUUUCUCGAUGUGCUUUUCCCUCUGGCAGUGAACAAAAUCCUCUUUGUGGAUGCUGACCAGAUUGUACGCACUGAUCUCAAAGAGUUACGUGACUUCAAUUUAGAUGGCGCUCCAUAUGGAUACACCCCGUUCUGUGACAGUCGGAGGGAAAUGGAUGGGUACCGCUUCUGGCGGUCUGGUUACUGGGCUAGUCACUUGGCAGGACGAAAAUACCACAUUAGUGCUUUGUAUGUAGUGGACUUAAAGAAAUUUAGGAAAAUAGCUGCAGGUGACCGGCUCCGAGGACAAUAUCAAGGGCUGAGCCAAGAUCCCAACAGUCUUUCCAAUCUCGACCAGGAUUUGCCAAAUAACAUGAUUCACCAAGUGCCCAUUAAAUCGCUACCACAAGAAUGGUUAUGGUGUGAAACUUGGUGUGAUGAAGCAUCUAAGAAAAAAGCUAAAACCAUCGAUCUGUGCAAUAACCCAAUGACCAAAGAACCUAAGUUACAAGCGGCUGUACGUAUUGUCCCUGAAUGGCAAGAGUAUGACCAGGAAAUCAAGAGACUCUAUAGUCAGGUCAUAGGCGAGCCUUCUGGUACAUCGGUGGAUCAACCGGAUGACAUUAGACAUCCAGGUGCACAAGAUCACAAGUCACACGUGGAAUUAUGAUCUUCCGAUACCUUUGGAAAAUUAGACGCAACUUGUUUUUUAUUUUUAACACACAUUUUGAGAUUUAUGUGAAUUUUAUUUUUGUUGAUUUUACAGAAUGUCUGCAGAACUGCUGAAUGGUUUGAUAAGUUGUGGUAUUGGGGGUAUUUAUAAUUUUCGGUGUGACUGGAUUUUUUCUUAGGGAAUAUUACUUUUUGGCCAAGUUUUAUGGGUGCUGCGUAGAAAGAAAAAGGGACAUAAAAUAACUAGUUGAGAAUUUACAUCUACCAGUUUUUAGGAAAGGGUUACGUUUACGUAGCCGCGUCUGUUUGUUAUACGGUUUGUAAAUGCUACACAUCAAAUGCAGCCAAACCACCAAAAUUGGUCAUGUGUAGCAUGUAUGAUGCUAUUUCACAUUGCCCAUUCUGUUGUCUUUCCUACCAAAGCUGCUUCUAUGUAAACUAGCAAUCAAUCUAGGUUUUCCCAAGUAACAUGGAAUCAAGUAUUCAUGUAUGUCUCACUACACUUUAGACAACAGGUAUAUAACCUCCGAUUUGAUUGUCACCAAAUGAAAUGCUAAUUUCUCCCAUAUUUUUGUUAAAUGUUACAAGACAUCUUAGGUGUUAUAGAGGAAUUCUGUUGUCUGUGAUUAUCUCGGGUGGCCGAAUUUGGGCGACACCUGCCGCACUUUAUGGCAGCGGGAACUUGCACAAAAGUAUUCACCAGUAAUUGUAUUCCACCCUGUAAUAGCUUGUGUGCAGCUAGUGAAGUAGAUCUGACACCUCCGCAAUGGUGGACACCUCUGUGUUUCCUUGUCAAAGCCGGUACGGACUCAAGUUCAUAGCUAUGGUGGUAUCUCGGGUCUAUAUGCAGUACAUAACCGUAUGAGUCUACGAUGGAGCGUUCAGAUACUCAGUAAAUACCCAUAGGAUUGUAACGCUGUGGCCACAUGUGGAAAAGCAGAUAAAAUCACACAAUGAUUUGAUUUAAUUGUGAUGUUUGGAUUACUUUUGGCAUAAAUUUAUAUGCAGAAUAAAAUGCAUGUCCGGCU